AUGCAAAACAAUGCAGGGAGAGGUAUGAAGAAUUUUCUUUCGUUCGUGUCUGUAUUAUGUGUGAAUUUGACAGGUCAUCCCCUUUUUAUAACCACGUUAAAAGAUGGUGUGGUCACCUUAUGCCAGGAGUUAAUCUGAGUCGAUUUACACCGGAGGAGGACAAUUUGAUAACCUCCUUGGCCCUUUCUGGAGGCAUCGGAUGGACAGCCAUUGCGGAGAGAGUGGGAAACGGACGCACUGUUAAUUCAAUUAAAAACAAUUGGAAUCAACGCUUAAGUAAGAUGUUGAAAUAUAAUCGGAAUGGACAUGUGGAAAUUCAGUAUCCUGAGGCUGCACAGCAACAGCCCUCAGUUGUUGUUCAAGCGAACGAUCAUGCUAAUGAAGGUACUGAGUAUUCUUCAAGUGUCGAUCGGAGAAAUAUACCUGAUAUUGAGUGUGCACGGGGCCUAUUGCUUCUAGUUACCACUGGUGUGAAAGAAA